UGACUUGUUGUUUUCCUACUCGGUGGCUCCACUUCGGUGUCUCCGGGAUGCUGAGCAGGAGGGCGGGGCUGAGAUUUUUUGCGGUGCCGUGGGGUGAUGAAGCAGGACGCAGCGGACACAGAAGGAAACAGAGCAAACGUCAGUGCGGUUGUUUUUUGUAGUUAACUCGGUGAAAUAUGUGUAUUUUUGGAUGCAAAAUGGAUCUACUCAGUAAUAGCCUGAUUUAACGUAUCGUAACGUGUCAUUCUUGGAGGUAUCGGUGCAUCCUGACACACGGACAUCUUGUUUCUCUGAAAUCAGGAUAGUAGAGACAUAUUUUCUUCACCUUGGACCCUGUGCAGGUUUUGUGUGUUAGUGGAGCUCUCUGCAGCCCAGCAUGGCUUGGCCUUGUAUAAGCAGGGCGUGCUGCAUGGCCCGCUUCUGGAACCAGCUGGACAAGGCUGACAUUGCGGUGCCUUUGGUCUUCACCAAGUACACGGACGUCUCUGAGAUGCAGCACAUCCAGCUGCAGCCGCCGCUCCACCCUCCCCAGGCCCGGGUCGCCAUAGAAACGCAGCCGUCUCGCGCAAAUUCCCGCACCCCAGCAGCGGGCCGCGCGCCGCGAAGGUGCGUCUCCGAGGAGCGCGUGUGCAGCUCGGUGAUGCGCGAGGACUUUAAGCACUGGAAAGUGCGACCCGAACCAAGCUGUAAACCCAAGAACGAGUACCACGGACCAGAGACACCGUUCAACAGCGAGACCCAGUACCAGAAGGACUUCAAGCCCUGGCCUAUCCCGAAAAGGUAUGACCACCCUUGGAUACCCAAAUCUGCAAACGACCCGGACCGGCCCAGGCACGCGAAGCAGCAAGCGGCGCUGGCGGAUGCGGAUAGCGGCGUGGAGAAGAGCGCGAUAGCCGACAAGGUCCAAGAGAAAGACCUGCUGCAGGGUCAAGAGAGGAAAAAGAAGCCCAAUAAACAUGAGGGGGUGAAGAAGGUGGUCCUGAAGGGGGAAGGAGAGGGCAAAGGGAGAGCGGCGGCGGACGCUGUGAACCGGCAGAUCAAGGAGGAGAUCACAGGAGGCAGCUCGUACAAUACUGAGUAUAAGGCUUACAGAGAUGUGAAGCCAGCAAAGAUGAUCCGGGCCAAGUCCCAGUACUUGCCCCCAGAUGGGAAGACCAGUCUAGAGACCAGCUACAGCGCCAACUUCAAGGGACAGGCCCCGCUUCGGUCUGCUGACAACAAGGCCAUGGAGAGGAGGAGGAUACGUAGCCUGUACAGUGAGCCUUACAUAGACCCCAUCCAACAGGUUGACAGGUAUAGUGCUCGCUCUAAACCCAAAAAGCCUGGAGCCACAGCGGCAGGCCCGGGCAAACCAGUGAAGAAAGCCAAAGAUAAGCAGAGCGCCGCACUGAGGGGCUCAAAAAAGACGACAUCAGAGAACCAGCCCGAGAACCGACCAGCGGUGGGGGACAAGGAGAAAAGUAAAGAGAUGAACAACAAACUGGCUGAGGCAAAAGAGUUGCCAUGGCUACUGUCUUGUUAGCCAAUGGAUGGCUCUCGUUGCAUGGGCCCACGAGCCGAAAAGCAAUCCUGAAGUGUUGGCUUUGAUCAGCUGAGCAGAUUGCUUUGUUGACUUUAUCAAGGAUUUUUUUCCCCUCUUCUUUUUUUGUCUCCGGAGAAAAAUAACCACAUUGGCUCUUUGGAUUUGGUUUCUGCACUUCAAAAAUUAACAUUCAAUCUGAAAAUCUUUGAUAAAAGUCCUGCUUGGUUAGUCCAUUUCUUGAUUUUUUUUACCUGCUUUUCAUCUUUGCUACUGUUCUCUGUUCAUGGAAGAGCUCACAGCGCUCAGAGUCUGUGCUCAGCAAUGUCAUUAUGCUUUGUGUAAAUGUGAUUUUGUUAUCCAGUGUCUCAUUUCUGAAAUCUGUUGUAGGCUAUGACAAACUGUUGUCUAUUCAUCUCAAGAUAUAACACCCUGCUCUGCCAUCCAUUCAUGUGAGACCCAUUCACACAGUGGUAUUCUAAUUCACUCGGAGCUAUUUUGUAAAGCAAAAUUUGUUGCCAAGAACCCAUCUGGGUCACACUUAACUGAUUAUGCAUAAACACCAGUCAUUUGCAAAGCAGAUGAGUAUCCCCUCUGAAUGAGACAACGCUGCUGUGCAGUAGUAGUGACAUUAUAUCAUUAGAGUAACAGCAUUACUCAGAACCAGAGAGGGAUGAGUUCAGUGGAGCUGGGGAUGUUUUGAACAUUUCAGGUUGUAUCCUGUCUGCCGAGCACACGACCGCGCAGAGCUAACAAUCUCAAAAGCCAUGAUUCACUGUAAUCACCCCCAAGUGGCGUUAAUUAACAACACUAAGCCCCCUGCAAAGCCUCACAGCAGUUAUGCAAUUUUAGCUUGUACUCAGGCACACACAUACAAACACACACACACACUCUCUCUUUUGGGCUUUUUAAUGCACUCUGCCGAGGGUGAGUGUAACCAAUGUGAUUUAACUGCGACAGGAUGAUAGUAGACAGCUGAAUCGCAGACUAAUGGCACUCCGCACGUUACCUUUAAAGUGGAAGCUGCAGGAUGAGGAGUGGAACCAAAGAAAUCAACAAUUCUCUGCCAUUUGUGAAAUGUAUUUACCACUUAAAAGAGUUUUUUUAAGGUGUGCUUUUUAUAUUUAUACAGCCCUGUCUGCUAGAAAUAACCAUUAUGUUUCAAUAAUUUGUAACGUGUCAACAGCCUGAUAUAAUACCGCCUCUAUGUGACCCUUAGCGACAAGAUUGAUCAUUUCUAAUACGUUAUUCUUAAAGACUGUAAUUGCUUCACAGGGCAGGUGUCCAACAGCAUUUUUUACAUUGCUAUGGCAAAAAUUCAUGGUGAGUGAUUUUUUUACACAUGGACAGGACGACAUAAGAUAAGAUAAGACAUACCGCUUCCACGAAGGCAACCAAAAUUUACACAAAGUGAAAGCUCCUCACAGGAGCUUCAAAAAGGCAAAUAUAGUUACCGCUGUUUGAAACAUACACGGUCACAGCGAUGUGAACAACCAAUAAACAACAUGAUCAUUUUUAUCGCCUUAACCAAAAUUCUUCUGUUGCUGAAACUUAAUCAAAACUAAGAGUCACAAAAAGUAGUGCUUCAUUCAGUCUGGAAAAAAACUGCUGAACAUACUGUCAGGAGGAGCAGUCAUGUUGUUACACCCCCUUUUACAGCAUCAAAUAACUAAUCAAAAGUUUGAUUUUCAAAGAAAAAAGUAUUUUGACAUAAAUAAGAGCCAACAAUAAUAACAGAAACAAAUUUGACAAGAUUUUUUAGGUUGUACUUUGACCCAUUUUCAAUCUGUUAACAUGGAGCAUGUUGUGAUGUGUGACCAGCCAGAAGGGGGAGCUCCAAAUAUUUUGGCUACACCUUUAAGGGAGAUGUAAUUUUGGGACUCAGUUUGAAAACAUGUAAUUUACCAAUGCCAGUCUACUCCAGACUUCAUCCAGUGAUUCAAAUAUAACCACAACAUUAUCAGAAAAGCAGCUUUUUUAAUACACCAACAUAUUUUAAAGUACACUUAAGUUGGUUAAUAUGGUACCUUAUUAAUACACCUCUGUAUGCACACAGUUAUGUAAUGAUUACUUCUUCUGUUUUGGACUCCACCCUUUAUCACUCUCUGUUUCUGAAUCCAUGUUGUUCUGCUUGUUUUUACACAAACUUCUGGCUCAAAGUGAGAAAAGUAUGUUGGGUUGAUGUGGUGAAGAAAACGGGAUAUAGAGUAAGUUGUACUGUACGUGUUUAAACCAAUUAUAAGCUCCUUUGUAUAUAUAUAGCUUGUACCUGUCUCUAUGUUAAAGCAGGGCUACAUCCAGUUGCUUUUCUCUAAGUCUUAGCAUUUAUAUGUAUCAAGAGACGCCACUUUCUCAAGCCUUUGUUUUUGCAUUAGAAGAGCACUGUACUGUCUGGGUUGACCCAUCAAUGCGCAUCGUUCCCUCCAUUUUGAAUUGAAUGCUGAUACCUUAUCUUUUUUCUGUGGUGUCUGAGACAGCUACCAUCUCCACAUCCAUCAUGUCUAUCCGAGCUGAGCCCCAUCAGGGAUGAAUGACUCAUUAGCAUUUUGCAGCCUUUGGUUGGGGGAAACUUAGUCAGAUAACACAAUAGAAGAGGGGUCUUGUAGGUGCAGUAAAUGUAAACUUAGCACACCACACACCCUGUGCUAUCUUUGUGGUUAAUAGGCUAAUAAGGGUAGAAAGUUUGGUGAAGAAAGUUAUGUUUUGGGCAAAAAAAAAUAUUGACUGUGACGUGCUUGUGUUUCUAUCUGCUUGCUCAUAUUUAAUGAACAAAUAAAUGCA